AAGCCAAAUACGUAAAUUCGUGACCUGCCUUCAUUCUAUGACCUGCCGUGCUGUGUUGAAUGGCCUAGAAUGCUGUGUUUGUAGCUGAUUUCUCAGAUGUGUGUGUUAAGUUGUGCGGUCCAUCACUAGUUUCGCUACUACAAGGUGGAAGCUAUGAUCACGUCCUUUGUACGGUUGGCAGUAGACCCGUGGAGCCGUAGACAGCACCCCAUCCGUGUGCCCAAGGUUUCGUGGUUCACCCGGCAUCGGAAGUUCACUGUGCUCGUGUUCAGCAUCGGAGGCACUUGCCUCUUGUUUAGCCGCGCCAUAUACGACAUGUUCACAAGCUUCUCUGAGCCAGAAACAUCCAGGGAACACCAGUUGGACCUGGGCAUCCUUAUGCAGCAGACAUUUUGGCGCAAGGAGGGCGAGCGGCCCAGGAGCUUAAAAGAAGCACUCAUCGAGCAAGAAAUGAUUCGCGAGAAGCAGCGGAAAGAAAAGGAGCAGCAAGCAGCACUGGCGGCCCAGAUGUGACUGCUAUUUUUUCUUGCAAGUUGUCCGGGUCACAUCCUUCUCGGGACAGAGUUGGGAUGGUCUUGAGGACUGUGCGCUUCCAUUAGGGGGUACUUCUCCCACCCAUCCUUGUUCACUUUUGCCCAGUUUGAUCCCCAGCGCCUCCAGCGAUGUCAGUGCUUUAGGCUGCACCACUUCCGAGUCUUGUCAGAGCCAGUGAUGGUACCUGAGGUGCAUGCUGCAGAGACAGCGGGGUGACAUUUAAAUGGACCCACUAGGUUGCGGUGCACACUCUCGGCUCCUGUGACCAGACAGUAGCAAGCCUCAACCUGGUGUCCACCUGGAAUAUAAUGAGCCUUGUGUUUUCAGAAAGUCGCAGUCGACAAAUUCUUUGGGGAUCAAGCUGAUAGGACCUCUAGGUGAGACCCUACUGGAAAGCUUUGCCAGAACUCGAGCUUCAAUGGCAUCUAUGUACCUAUGUUGGAGGAUGUUCAGAGAAUGCUGAAAAGUAGUGCAUCUGAUCAAGGCAGUUCACAUUGGGUGUAGUAGAGUGUUACAGUGCCCUUCUGCAGGAAACGCCCUGUGCUUUUCUAAUUCUGUUGGAAGCUUAGUCCACUGGUGAUACUUAUUGAUGCGAGCCCCUCUCUGAUAUAUAAUAAAGCUCUUGGUAAUGUUC